GUCAGUUUCUCCUCCGGUGGUUCGGGUCGGUUCGGUUCGGACUGGUGCGUGACUUAUUGCUUUUCGUCUCUCGGUUUGGACCCAGCCUGUUCUCCCCCUAACCGCCGCUUCUUCCUCCGCACCGAAACUUCACCCGAACCCCACCGCCCCCCACUGCUGCCGCCUCAGGGUUCGGGUCCAUCCUCAGUUCCGAACCCACAGCUCGGUUUAUUGUUUUCCAUCAUCAUUCUGCUCUGCUGCUGGAACUUUUCAGACGGAACCGGUCCAGUAAUGGGUUGGGGUUUCCCGGUUCUGCUGGCGGUUCUGUUCGCUCAGCUGUCGGCCGGGUUCCCGGACGGAGCGGACGUUCAAGUCAUCGACGUUCUGAGCCUCCAGGACUCCAAGCAGAACGUGGCGGCGGUGGAGAAGCUGUCGGGUGGUCUGAGCGUGCUCAGUGACGUCUACGUGGUGUCGACAAUCCGACUGCCCGUCAAGAUGGGCGGGGUUCUGUUUGGGCUCUACAGCAAGCAGGACAACAGGAAGUACCUGGAGGUCGCCAUCAUGGGGAAGAUCCACAAAGUUCUGGUCCGGUACGUCAAAGCCGAUGGGAAGGUCCACACCGUGAACCUGCAGAACUCCGUCCUGGCCGACGGACGGACUCACUCCAUCAUCCUGAGACUGGGCGGCCUCCAGCGCAGCAACAUGCAGGUGGAGCUGUAUGCCGACUGCCGAUUGGUCGACUCCAGUCAGGGCGUUCCCCCAUUGGUUCCUCUGCCCAGAGAGGCGGACAUGGUGGAGAUCCGACAUGGACAGAAAUCCUACGCCCGACUUCAGGGCGCAGUGGAGUCCCUCCGCCUGGCUCUAGGGGGCAGCGUUGCUAAAGCCGGAGCGCUGACCGACUGUCCGUUCCAAGGAGACUCGUCGGCCUUCAACUCAGGGAAGGGAGAGGUCCAGUCCAUCCUGGGUGAACACACCAAGGCUCUGAUUGGUCAGCUCAUCAUUUUCAACCAGAUCCUGGGAGAGCUGCGACAGGACAUCAGAGAGCAGGUAAAGGAGAUGUCCCUGAUCAGGAACACCAUCCUGGAGUGCCAGGUUUGUGGUUUCCAUGAACCGCGCUCUCGCUGCUCCCCCAACCCCUGCUACAGAGGAGUGUCCUGCAUGGACAGCCUGCAGUACCCCGGGUACACCUGUGGACAGUGUCCACCUGGAACCACUGGCAACGGGACGCACUGCAGGGACGUUGACGAGUGUGAGCUGCAGCCGUGUUAUUCUCCUGACGCCUGCAUCAACACGGAGGGAGGCUUCAUCUGCAAGCCGUGUCCUCCAGGCCUGUGGGGGGCGCCGCUGGCCGGAACAGGACUGGACUACGCCAAGACACACAAACAGGAAUGUGUGGACAUCGAUGAGUGUGUGGACCUCUCUGACGCCUGUGCAUCAAACUCGGUCUGCAUCAACACUGUGGGUUCCUACAAAUGCGGAGGCUGUAAACCUGGUUUCUAUGGCAACCAAACAUCUGGCUGCUCCCCUAGGAAGUCAUGUGCUGCGUUGACCUUUGACCCCUGUGACACCAACGCCCACUGUGCCAUGGAGAGGAACGGAGAAGUUUCCUGCAGGUGUAACGUUGGCUGGGCCGGAAACGGACACACCUGUGGAAUGGACACGGACAUCGACGGCUACCCCGACCGCUCUCUGCCCUGCAUGGACAAUGACAAACACUGCAAACAGGACAACUGCAUGUUUACGCCAAACUCGGGCCAGGAGGACGCGGACAACGACGGCAUCGGAGACCAGUGCGACGAGGAUGCAGACGGAGACGGCAUCAAGAAUGUGGAGGACAACUGCCGUUUGGUCCCCAACAAAGAUCAGCAGAACUCGGACAGCGACUCGUUCGGAGACUCGUGUGAUAACUGUCCCACCGUCCCCAACAGCGACCAGAAGGACACAGACAACAACGGACAGGGAGACGCCUGCGACCAGGACAUCGAUGGAGAUGGUAUUCCCAACGUUCUGGAUAACUGCCCUAAGGUUCCCAACCCGAUGCAGACGGACAGAGACAGAGACGGAGUCGGAGACGCCUGCGACAGUUGCCCUGAACUCAGCAACCCCAUGCAGACGGAUGUGGACAACGACCUGGUGGGAGACGUCUGUGACACCAACCUGGACUCGGACGGAGACGGUCACCAGGACUCCAGAGACAACUGUCCUGACAUCCCCAACAGCUCCCAGCUGGACUCCGACAACGACGGCCUCGGAGACGACUGCGACCACGACGACGACAACGACGGCGUCAUCGACGAUUACGACAACUGCAGACUGAUCAUCAACCCGAACCAGAAAGACUCAGACGCCAAUGGAGUCGGAGACGUCUGCGAGAACGACUUCGACAACGACGCCGUGAUGGAUCUGAUCGAUGUGUGUCCAGAGAGCGCCGAGGUAACGCUGACGGACUUCCGAGCCUAUCAGACGGUGAUCCUGGACCCUGAAGGCGAGGCCCAGAUCGACCCCAACUGGGUGGUUCUGAAUCAGGGCAUGGAGAUCGUUCAGACGAUGAACAGCGAUCCGGGUUUAGCUGUCGGCUACACGGCGUUUAACGGCGUGGACUUCGAGGGAACGUUCCACGUCAACACGGUGACGGAUGACGACUACGCCGGCUUCAUCUUCGGGUACCAGGACUCGUCCAGCUUCUACGUGGUGAUGUGGAAGCAGACGGAGCAGGCGUACUGGCAGUCCGUCCCGUUCCGGGCCACGGCCCAGCCCGCCCUGCAGCUCAAGGCGGUGAAGUCUCAGACCGGGCCGGGGGAGUACCUGAGGAACGCCCUGUGGCACACCGGAGACACGCUCGGCGAGGUGAAGCUGCUCUGGAAGGAUCCCCGAAACGCCGGCUGGAAGGACAAAACGUCGUACCGCUGGCAGCUGAGCCACCGGCCGCAGGUCGGGUACAUCAGGGUGCGGUUCUUUGAAGGGACGGACAUGGUGGCGGACUCCGGCGUCGUCAUCGACACGACGAUGAGAGGAGGCCGACUCGGCGUUUUCUGCUUCUCACAGGAAAACAUCAUCUGGUCCAACCUGCGCUACAGAUGCAACGACACGGUGCCUGAAGACUUCGCAGCGCAUCGUCAGCAGUUUCUCAUGCACAUUCAUGUCUGAGCGUGGCAGACAGACUGCAGACACACGGCGGCUCUGUGGGAGCCGAGCGCCUGACUGGGAGCAGGAGAAACAGAAACCAGCCAUAAUCUCCAGUGUGUCCACCUUUUCCCUCCAUGGUCUUAACUCGGCUCUACUGUAAAGCUUCAUCGUUUUCGCCCUUUGAUUUGGCUGUUUCCGUGAAAUAACCCGAUCUGCUACCAUCAGGAGAAGAGAUGUUCCACCAUGUUUGCUUCUGUCCUGAUGACGGAAAAAGACUCAAAAAGCUCUUUGAGGUCCAGUUUGUUUCUGCUUCUGUCACUGAAAACCCAACAACCAUUUGUGUUAACUGUCUCCAAAUAAAACAUGACACUGGACGUUGCAUCUCCAGCUUUUGAGCUCAUGAAUCGAAGCAUUUUCCUUCCGUGUGGAGCACCAGACUCCUUUCUGCGACCGGCUUUAAAACGGAGGUAAAUAUGUCAAAAAGUCAUCAGAGGUUAUGACUCACCUGUACGUGUUGCACACCUAACAAUAACUAUCGCUUACACUGUAAAACAUGCAUGUUGUCACUCCAAACAACAUGGAGCGGGUCAAGCAGUUCCUGCAGUGGAAACGGCAAAUCUGGAGGCAGACUGAACUUCAGCCACAGGAGGAGGAAACAUGGUGGAAACAUGUUCGAAUAUGUCACACAUAGCCAUCAAUACCAGUUUCACACACUGAAACCACAAAAGAAGAACAGCAAGAUGAGGCUAAUCAGCUGGAAUCAAAGUGUCCUCCAUGUUUUAUAUGUUUUUAAUAAACAACCAACC